AUGACUGUAAAGAAACGUUAUAUUGCGUCUAAUUGUAAAAAUGCUGUUUGCAUUCAGGUUGUCUCUAUCCUCCGAGGGCAUACCAAGAAAGUCACCAAUGUUGUUUAUCAUCCCACUGAGCAAUUAGUGUUCACAGGCUCUCCUGAUGCGACUGUUCGUGUAUGGGGCGUUGAACAAGGGCAGUGUGCUAGCAUCAUUCGUGCGCACAGAGGAGCUGUUACAGGAUUGAGCGUCCACGCUACUGGCGAUUAUUUACUAUCGUCUAGUUCUGAUGGUCAAUGGGCUUUCAGUGAUCUCCGCCAUGGCCGCGUCCUUGUUCGUAUCUCAGCUCUCGAUAAGAGUGGUACCCAGCAGUCAUUGACUUGCGCACAGUUUCAUCCUGAUGGAUUAAUUUUGGGCACCGGGACUGGAGACGGUGAAGUGAAGAUCUGGGAUGUUAAAGAACGCCGCAAUGUUGCGAACUUCGGUCAUGGUGCAGGUGCCAACCAACCGGUUACGGCCGUGGCGUUCUCCGAAAACGGUUACUAUCUGGCUACAGGUGGAGCGGAUGGUCAAGUGAAACUUUGGGAUCUACGUAAAUUAAAGAACUUCAAGACGCUGCAACUGCAACGGCACACUCAUUCCUUCCCAGACGGCCGUAUAUUUGGCGGUGGUGGUGCAAUAGCUGUCUUCAAUUGGCAAACACCAGCCGAGUUAUCUACAAGCGUGCCUACACCGUGA